AUGAGUGCCUACACGCCUUCCCAUCUGGAGCAGUGGAAGAGUAAACAACGAGCCCUCUCCUCGCCGCUCUACCAAAACGUAGAACUGCUGAAGAAUGACGCCAACUUCCAGUCAGUGGACGAGCUUCCCUUGCCUCCACCACCCGCUCCAUCUACGUCAGUGAGUGCUUCAACAAACUGGAGCAAUCAACAAAUGGCCAACAUGAACUUUCCACCACCGCCGCCGGAAGUGGAGAAUUAUGCAUUCGGGACCGAUAUUAAUGGCAAUCAGUUUCACCGCGAGAGCACCGUGGGCACCACUGGCACCAUGGAGGGCAAUUUGUACGCCAAUCUGCCAGCUCAUCAAGUCACUGGCGCACGAGAUCAGCUUCCCUCAGCGUACAAAGCACAGCAGCAGAAACAGCAGCCACCACCACCACCGCCACUCGACCGUUCCUCUGUUGCCGUUCCACGAGUGCCCUUUCGACCGACGAAUUCGCCUGCUCCUUCAAACGGCGCCCGACAGUCAGUUCCACCAGAGCGACAGCAGUCGAACGGCAGUCCAAAGGACAACAACAACAGCUGCAGCAUCAACAGCAGUAGUCGUCCAAGUGCCAACAACAACAAUAGUGCAACCAACGCCCGACAAAUCUUCACGGCCAGUCCGGCACUGCAGCCCCUACUGAAGGGCACUACUAGCCUCAACAGCACCAGCACUAGCAAAGCGACCCAGGACCAGCCGGAGGAGAGCCCCUCAGCCAUCUACGCCAACUUGUUGACCAGUUCCAAAGGCAGCACCAGUCCACCAUCGCUCGGCCUUCAACAGGCUGCCUUCAAGUCUCACGCACCGAUCAAAAGCUAUUUACGAGUGAACCGCUCAUCGGCGAAUAAAGAAGAGGACGAAGUUGAUCACUUGACAGACCUGCUCGUCAAAAGCAUGGAGAGCUCCGCAGAACCUGACUUUUUUGGCAUGUGCAAUAAAUGCGGCGAGAAGGUGGUGGGCGAGGGGAGCGGCUGCACUGCUAUGGAAAUGGUCUACCACAUUCAGUGCUUUACCUGCUUCGAGUGCAACAAGGAGCUCCGUGGAAAGUCCUUCUACGCCAUGGAAAGCAACCCAUUCUGCGAGGAAUGCUACUUGAACACCCUGGAGAAGUGCUCCGUCUGCGAGAAGCCCAUUCUGGACCGCAUUCUGCGAGCCACUGGACGGCCGUACCACCCAGUCUGUUUCACGUGCGUCGUCUGCAAGAAGUCCCUGGACGGCAUACCCUUCACCGUGGACGCCUCCAAUCAGAUUCACUGCAUCGAUGACUUCCACAAAAAAUUUGCUCCCCGUUGUUCGGUCUGCAACGAGCCCAUUGUUCCCGAGCCAGGCAAAACGGAGACCGUCAGAGUGGUCGCCCUCGACCGAAGCUUCCACGUCACUUGCUACAAGUGCGAG